CACUGUUCUGCCCACUUUUCUUUCACAACCAACGCAAAUAAUAAACUGACUGUUGUCACUGAUAUAUAUAUAUAUAUAGAGAAAGAGAGAGAGAGAGAGGGUUCCAAAUCUCAUGACUACCACCACAACCACGUACUCAUAUCUCUACACGUGCCAAUUCCCAACCAUCCAGCGCCUUCGCACGUGCCAAACAAGGCAUCGCUUCCUCCCUAGCACGUGCGCCCCAGUUACGAGGAAGUUGAAACUUGUUGUUGCGGCGACGGCGGCGGAGACGACGCGUCCGAUGAAAGCGGCGGAGGACGGUGUGCUGAAGAAGGGCAUAGCCGAGUUCUACGACGAGUCGUCUGGCGUAUGGGAGGACAUCUGGGGGGACCACAUGCACCAUGGGUUCUACGACCCGGAUUCGACUGUAGAUGUUUCGGGUCACCGGGCCGCCCAGAUCCGUAUGAUCGAUGAAGCGCUCCGAUUCGCAGGGAUUUCGGAGGACCCAACAAAAAGGCCUAAAAGUGUAGUUGAUGUUGGAUGUGGGAUAGGAGGUAGCUCUAGAUACAUAGCAAGUAAAUUUGGGGCCAAAUGCCAAGGUAUCACUCUUAGUCCCGUCCAGGCCCAAAGAGCCAAUGCUCUUGCCGCUGCUCAAGGACUAUCCGACAAGGCUUCCUUUCAAGUCGCAGAUGCUUUGGAACAACCAUUUCCUGAUGGGCAAUUUGAUCUGGUGUGGUCCAUGGAGAGUGGUGAACACAUGCCUGACAAAGCAAAGUUUGUUAAUGAGUUGGCUCGAGUUACAGCCCCAGGAGGCACGAUAAUAAUAGUAACAUGGUGUCAUAGGGAUCUGGCUCCUACUGAGGAAUCUUUGCAGCCGUGGGAGAAAGAACUUUUGAACAAGAUAUGUGAUUCCUUUUAUCUUCCUGCAUGGUGUUCAACUGCUGAAUAUGUCAAAUUACUGCAGUCCCUCUCUCUCCGGGAUAUUAAGGCUGAAGAUUGGUCUCAGUAUGUUGCCCCGUUUUGGCCGGCUGUGAUUCGGUCAGCAUUGACAUGGAAGGGCCUCACAUCAUUGUUGCGAAGUGGAUGGAAAACCAUAAAGGGAGCAUUGGCAAUGCCAUUGAUGAUAGAAGGAUUUAAGAAGGAUCUAAUUAAAUUUGCUAUCAUUACAUGCCAAAAGCCUGAAUAAGUUUACACAGGAAGCAAGAUGCACCUGCAUGAAUAAGGUUUGGCACAGAUGCUACAACCCUUUUUUUGUUGUUUCAAAGGGUUUAUCUGUUUGGCCUUAUAACCCUACUUGAACAAUGUUUCUUUCUGCUUAGCCUUUUCUUCUGUUCUGUAAUUGUGUCCCCAGUUGAGGAGGGCCAGUACAUAAUUUACUAAUUGCAUUAUUGCCAUUUCCCUCCAUUCUGGAUUUCAUGAUGUUCAUCAUUUUUCUCUUGCAUUUUUCACAACUGUAGUCAAUUACAUUAAGCUGUAUAAUAAUCACAGUACUUUCGACUGCUCUCUUUUUCUA